GGCAAUUGUUUUAUUCGGGGGAAAAAUCAAAGAGAAUAACACGCAAUUUGUGUUUUAAAUAUGCGAUUUUUUUGUGUAUUAGUGUGUGUGUUUGCUUGUGUUAAUGCUGCACCGAAACUAAGUGCGGUGUUUAAUCCAGCUUUUGAUCCAGGCUAUAAUGAAUAUUAUGAUCGUCCAAAAUAUACCUAUAAUUAUGGAGUUGCAGACCCCUCUACUGGGGACGUAAAGUCCCAACACGAGACAAGAGAUGGGGAUGUUGUCAAGGGCCAGUACUCUCUUGUGGAACCAGAUGGCUCAAUAAGAACAGUAGACUACACUGCAGACUCAAUACAUGGCUUCAACGCUCUGGUCUCCAAGAGCGGUCCUAGUCUCCACGUGACCCCACAAAUCCACAGACAGCCCAUACAGCCUGCUGUACAAUAUGUCGCGAAACCUGUGGCCGUACCGGUACAAGUGCAGAAACAAUUUAUACCCGAAGUUUAUCCGUCUGCCUCCCCAUUUUUAUAUCCGAAAAUAGGCCCCGUUCAGUUUCCGGAAUAUGAUAAUUUCGACGGCUUCGAUGGACCACCUCAACAAUACUACUGAAACUUAGUUGUAUAGGUAAAUUAUACGUAAUAUAAACUGUAAGGACAUUAUUAGAAUUAACAAUAUCAUUAGGAAUAUAUUUAUUGUAUUGUACAUUACUUGGAAGAAGUUAUAUAUGUUUGCAUAAUUAGAACCGCUGUUUAAUGUAAUUUCAUUAAAUUGUACUAAUUGCGUGUUUAUAACAUAUUGUUAAAGAAUAAAUAUAUUUUAUUUAUUAAGUUUAUCUUUUAUGAAACAAAUGUACGUUUAUAGUUUAUUGCGAAUUUAUACUUCUUUAGGCGCGAUGGAGAAAAAUGAUGGGAGUGAAUUUUUACGACGAACGCGCACACCAACACCUAAAUUCGACAUCGUAAAGUUAG